GAGGAUGUUUUUCAAUUGUCUACUUAUAUGGCUACGACAUAGCGGGCGAUCAAGUUUGAAAUUGCUGUCGUGACGAUAUACACUGUACGUGCAGAGGCGAUGCCGGCACUGAAUACUGAUCGCUAGUCGUGGGGUGGGAGUGUCGUGUGGCCGCGAGUGCAAUGAGGCCGCGGCGAGCAUGCAGAACUGAAGGGGCCCGUGAGGGAGGCCAGAGGGAGGCCUCGAGACGGGCUCAGUCUGGGACUUGGCUGUUGGGUGCCACAUGCGUACAGGCGAGGCGUGGCAAGUAGCGCCGGUCUGCCAUGCCGCGGUGUGAACUCGGCGACGCGUUUGGAACAGCACAGAGCACGACGUCUCCCGCAUCGUCGGCUUCGUCCCUCACCACCGUCAGCUCAUUGCGGGCGCGGGCGCAGCAAGGCUCUCUCACUCUGGCUGGCUCUUGAUCAUGGUCUGGCUGCAGCGAUCUCGUAUCCUACUCAGCCUCUGGCCUCUGGUUUUAGUCAUCUUACGUCCUGCCGUCCAUGCUCAGAACAUCUCUACCAGCGGCCCUGUCCCUCCAUUGCAAUGGAUCAACAUCACUGGCCUUACUAGUGGUUCCGCUCCCCCCGCUCUCAGAGAUGCCUCAAUCGGGUACUACGCUGGCACCAGCACACUAUUGAUAUUCGGCGGGGAGUCUGCCCAGGGAAUUGUCCAGUCACAGACCUAUCUUCUCAAUCUCGAAACUCUCACAUGGUCACAGAACAAUCCACCUACAGGCCUGGAUACCUUGCCGCCAGCCAGAAGUGCAGCCAUCAGCGGUGACGACUCCGCCGCUAGCUAUCGGUCGGCGCAUAUAGUCAUUGGUGGUAUGGGUUCCAAUGGCCAGGCCUUGUCCGAUGUUUGGGAGUUCGAUUAUAUCAGCCAGUUCUGGUCCGAAGUGACGGUAUCAUCCGGAGGGCCGUCAGCACGCUAUGGUGCAGUGGGUGGGAAGGACUUACGCACACCCGACACAGCGAGUGGUAUGGCGUCGCCGAACAAUUCCUUCUACCUCGCCGGCGGCAUCUCUGGCAAUUCCGUGUCGCCUCUCUCGGACGUGUGGCAGUUGGAUGUCACUGGAACUUUGUCGUCAAACAAUCCCAACUCCGUCGAAGCGAGCUGGAAGCAGCUUUCGAUACAAUCGUCCAAUACUCCAUCGAAGGUCGGAGCCGCAGGCGCAGUGGUCUCUUCCUCCGCGCAGGACAUCAUAGCAUUCGGCGGCUGCACCUCAAAUGUCAAGAUCACACCUAAUGAGUCGUGUGCUCGUGCCGACCCAUACAUUAUCAGCACCGGCGAAAACGUCAUCAGCUCCUCGAACAGUUGUCCUGCGCCGCGACUAGGUGCCACUCUAGUUACCAACAGUAACGGCCUGUCGUCCGAUUUCUCAAAUCAAGUCUUCCUGGUGUUCGGACUUUUCAACAGUUCGCUCUGGUCUGAUGAUGGCGGCCUUGCGAAGGGCGAAGUUGAUGUUCUGAACGUGGAAACAGGCGUCUGGAACCGUGUAUUACCAGCCGGAGAUCCAGGACAGGACGGCACUAAUCCUCCGGCUUUCCCGUCUCCUCGCCAGGGGGCCGUAGGACUUUCGUCCACAUCGACCCUCGUUGGAACAUCUGGAACCAAUGCUUCCGACUCGAUUUUCUUCGGUGGCGUCGACGCCGAUGGUAACUACCUCAAUGAAGUCUGGGUCUUGAGAGCGUACAGCGCACAGAUCACACAGACCAAUCAAUCCUGGGCAAGCAGUAGUGGCCAGUUGGUUGGCGGCGUUGGUGCGACAGGGCAAGGCGUGACCGUCCAAUUCAUGUCACAAUGUGCCAGUGCGCUGAGCCCGCAGGCGACUCAGACGAGUGCGCAAGCAUCUGCUACCAGUGGCGGCCCGUCUCCUACAUCCUCUUUGUUGCCGGCACCAACGUCCCCUUACGAUACCUCUGUUGCUCACAAGUCCAUGUCGCCGAUCUCCCUUGCGCUCAUUUUCGUUGCCGUCAUCGGUGCCCGACUUGCGACGGCUUCUGUGGCGUUCAUACAACCGCCUGGACACGUCGUUAUAGCCGUUUCCUCAGUCGUCGUGGCCGUUGCGGCAUACGCGUUGGGCGUGGCCGGUCUGGCCACGUCUUUCACCACCAUCACGUCCACGGCGACAUCGUUGAGCAAGCGCUCAUCAGCCUUGUCUCUCGCACUGAAGACAGGUCAUGGAAAGGCUGGUCUAGCCUUAUUCAUUAUUUUCUACUUCGCCCUCCCACUGCUCUUCGCCAUUGCCGCGUGUUUCCGACGCAGCUCCCCCCACAAUGUCGACGAGACGAUCAGCAAUGGACCAGAAGGCCGACCUCGCGUGAAUUCCACCGAAACCGCGGAGAAGGAGGGCCUGUACAAUGGACGUGCGGCGAGUCCGCUUCGCUCGGCAGACACACAUACGGACAAGCCACGACCUCGUACACGAUCGUGGGCGGGACUCAGCCAUCUUGGUGUCCCAGGCAGGCGUUCAAGCGAAAGCACCCAUGAUAGCGCUGUAGUACCCUCACCAUCGCAUCAUUCGUUUGAAGUCGUCAAUCGGCCUGCCCGCACAAGGCGCGCUAGCGCCAACAGCCUAGCGGCCUUCUCGGACCCCCGCAGACCGGGCUCUCCGAGAAAUCUUGGUGAUACGAGCUGGUUUGAUGGCCGGCGGAGCAUGAGUGCUGUGGGCGAGUUCCACUACCCACUGAACGACCUCAAUCACAGACCUGACCCAAGUACGCCUGGAACCACUGUACUCGACAUGACUAGCACCAGCGGCCUGAUGACUCCCGCAGGUCAAAUGACACCCGAAAUGCCACGACCUUUCGAUUGCUUCCUUCACGCUCUCUUCCAUGCGUCGCUUCUCGCCCUCUGUAUACUCUCACUAAUCGAGCUCUGGCGUCGCGCUCCUAGGGCAGCAUUCGUCGUCUUCUUGAUUGGGACGUUGCUGUUCUACGUUGCCCUGGUCGCGCUCUCGUGGUCGGGGAAGCCCAGAUACUCCAUACUCACCGUAUUAUUGGCCCGUUUGCGCGGCCGCCCCACCCACUCUGGUUAUACGCCGGGUACCGCCACGCCCUCUCGACCAUUGUCUGCAGCAGGGUCCGAGGUUCCCUUCCCCACCGAACCGCGCAGCCCCUACCAGCACUAUCCGCCCUACAGGGCGGCCUCCACUGUGCCGGACGAAUAUCCUACUUCUGGGUCACAUGGUCAUGCGAUGAACGAGGUCGAUGACGAUGGUGAGGAGGACGAGGAUACCCGGCAGCGCAGGAUCGAGGACGAGAUGAGCAGGCGGGACGUCUCAAUCGUCACCGUACCAAGACGCAAGCUCUUCCUUACUAACCCGGAGCUUGAUCGUGGCUAGCAUGUCUUCUCUUACUGCUCUCGUGCUAUGCAGUUUUCAUUCUUUGGUUUACACACCAGGACUUUCAUUCACGGCCAUACCAUAGCAUAUAGGAUCAUCUCACCUCUGUACUCUUGUAGGUAGAUUACCAUGGACUCCGCUGUAUCUCAAUUAUCCCAUCACUAUGAUAUUUGGUAUGUAGUAACUGCAGAGCGACAAUGCGAGGUAGAUCCGCGAUCCACGAAUG